AACUCAAGAAUGAAGACCAAGUAUGCAGUCAUUUUUAUUUGUAUUGUGGCCUUGGUCAUUAUUGAAAAAGAAAUCAAGAUCAUCUCUAGGGUUUCUGAUAAGAUGAAUAAGCAUCAGAGUCCACAGCAGACUCCACAGACUCCUCAAGAGGAGAGCAACAUGACACAAAAUGACUUGCUGCUCUCUAAAUGGCCUGCGGGGACUCACACAAACUUCUCUGCAGAGCAAGAAGAACUGGAUGAUGUAAACAUGUACAGCUACAACGGUGGCCGUAAGCACGUACUCCUCAUGGCUACCACCCGAACAGGAUCGUCCUUUGUGGGGGAGUUCUUUAACCAGCACGGAGAGAACAUGUUCUAUUUGUUUGAGCCUUUGUGGCACGUUGAACGCAUGCUGGCCACGGCAGCAGAGGCAAACAACGGGACGGGCUUAGGGUGGAUUUACCGCGACGUACUCCAGGCACUCUUCCUGUGUGAUUUUUCAGCCCUCGAGAAGUUCAUCGUUCCUCCGCCCAAUAACCACGUCACCACGGCUCUUUUUCGCCGAGAGUCAAGCUUAUCGCUUUGUGAGGAAUCUAUCUGCGCCCCUGUGAACAAAGAUGUUUUUGAAAGGUAUCACUGUAAGACUCGUCGCUGUGGGCCACUAAACUUGACGCUUGCGUCUCAGUCCUGCUCAUCCAAACAACACCACGCCAUAAAGACUGUCCGUGUGCGACAGCUGGACACUCUGCAGCCUUUGGUGCAGGACCCCCGCCUGGAUGUCCGAGUCAUCCAGCUGGUUCGAGAUCCACGAGCCAUCUUAGCGUCUCGCAUGGUGGCUUUCUCCUCACAGUAUCAGACAUGGAAGGCCUGGGCGCAGGGUGGCCAGGUACCCGAAGACGACGAGGAGGUGAAGAAGCUCAAAGGAAACUGUGACCAUGUCAGGGUCUCUGUAGAGAUGGGACUGAGCCAGCCGGACUGGCUCAAGGGACGUUACAUGUUGGUGCGUUACGAGGACAUCGCUCUGUAUCCGAUGGAGAAAGCGGAGGAGAUGUACAAGUUUGCCGGGAUACCGUUUAGCUCCCAAGCCAGGGAGUGGAUCCUGAGAAACACGCAGACUACAGAGAGAGCCAGUGGAAUAUACUCCACUCAAAAGAACUCCUCCCAGCAGGCUGAGAAAUGGAGAUAUAGCAUUCCCUUUACACUGGCUCAGGUGGUGCAGAAAGUGUGUGGACCCACCAUGAAACUGUUUGGAUACAAAUUUGUGGAUGACGAAAGAACACUACUCAAUAAAUCUAUUAGUUUGCUUGAAGAUAAAUCAUUUUAUUAACCAUUAAAGAAAAAAAAAUGCUGCAUACAACAGAUAAGAAUCUGAAGAAGCCAAAACAUCACAAACCGUACCUAAUAAGCAAGGCUGCCACAAUGUUUUACAGGUUUAGCUUUUAGGCUUUUAGUUAUAGUCAUGCUCAUUGAUAAAGUGCCUAAUUUCAAUGUCAGAAGCCUCUUUAUAAAGAAUAUAACUUAUCAGCAGACUGUGUUCACCAAAAAGCCUUUACAGUUUAUUUACAGCUAGAAAUGGUAAAAGGUAAAUGGCCUAUAGCUCUAAAAACACAUACAUGUCAAGUUUGACGUAAGGUGGUGAUGUUGGUAUUUUCAGAGAUAAAUUAUAAUGAACUGUUUUGUGUGUGUAAAUUGAAAAUGAUUUUUUUUUGUAAUUAAAAUAUUCAUAUUUUGGAGGUAUCACAGACAUCUGCUGGCAAAUGAUCAGAUUUUUCCUAACAUGAUGUGUUGUUGACAUGUUUUCAACAAAUCCUGCUCAGGUGAAAUGAAUGUGACACAUUUGCAUCUUUACAGGAAGCUUUAUUAUGUUUCCAGCCGCCAAACUCUUUCAAAACAUGGAAUAAGCCUUACCUUAAACGUGCCCUCAAGUGUUGCUUUACACUGGAGCCACCAUCAGGAUGUUCUGUACCUUCCAUUUCUGUCCUCGAAGUAAACAAAAGCUCUUUCUUCUCAAAUGAUCUGCUGCUUGUGUCACCGUACUGCCUAACUGAAAGUUCCUACACUGAAUUCAUGGAAAUGUACAUAAUUAUUUGUGCUGUGAGUUUAUUUUCAGUUUACAAAGUGAUAAAGCCAUCAAAAAACAACGAGACCAA